ACUUGCCUUGGAGCUCUUCAGAUAUAAAGGAGCGAUUGGUCUGGUCUUGAGGAUAGAGUUAUUGCAAGCUUCAUCGCAACAUCACAUCAAGCAUUCCAUCUGGCAGUUUCCAAACACAUCGAUAUCCUCGUCUUUAGCUCUAGCCAAACACCCUUCAGCAUCGCCAAAAUGGUUACCUUCAACGUUGCAUACACUGCACCCGUCAACAAGGCUGGCACUACGCUUACCUUAACCCAGGCCCAAGUCUGGGAGGGUCUCAAGCUCAAGGUCAGGCGGGCGCAGGACUUUGUCCCCGUCAUCACUGGAUGCAAGGUCCUAUCCGAGGAGACGUUACCCACGGGAGAGCUGAAGGUCACACGAGAGGCCGAGUUUGCCCCUGUCAAUGGUAAUCCGGGAAGAACAGUCAAAGAGGUGUGCGUGCACUAUGAACCGUGUCGUGUCGUGUUCCAGCAGGAAGAUGGCAGCUCUGUCAUGAAUCUCAUUAGCACGCGCCCUGACGGUGGGUUGCUCCUUAGCUAUGUCUUUGAGUGGCGCCACCCCGAUGUGUCGGAGGGAAGCGAGAAAGCCUCGCAGCUUGAGAAGAAUCACUGGGAGAUGGCGAAAGUGGCGGUCGAGAGCAGCCUGGACACCAUCCGUGGUAUGGUUACUGAGGGAAAGAUUCAGUGAAGGUAAAUCUUCACAGAUACCAGCAGCAUACGUGUCAGAAGACUACACUUUUGUUUGCGUAUAACCUGACUCAGGCCAGAUAGACUAGAUUAUUGGGAGGAAUCGCACUUUCGCUAACAGGAACAUGUCUUUCAAUUGUUGAGGGAAUG